AUGUCCGAUUCCACAGUCGACAAAGACCCAGACCUAGUCGAGAGAUUUGCCGAGCCUCUCAUGGAAACUCCCAAUCUCUCGACUGAGGGCUCUCCGGAUGGUGCUUCGACCGAGGCUGGCGUUGACCCUGUGGAGCAGAUUUCCAAGGCGUUUAUGAAGAUCAGUAUGAGGGCUUCGUCUGCUGACCCGGCCAAGUGGCAGCCUGUUGCUGGCGAUGUUCACGCUACCGGUGCCGAGACUAGUGCCACAACCUCCCCCGACCCAGACACUACGAACUCUGCUCCUGAUUCCCAAGGUGAGGACGAUAGGGCGCGCCUCGAACGAGAAGUCAUCGGCGUUCUCGAUACUGACUACUUCCAGCGGACUCAAUAUGGGACCUUGCGUGCCGAUCCUUCCCGUCGUAAUCGUCGUAUCCAUCGAUACAGAUUGAAACGCCGGUUGGCCGCACGACUUCGAGUGGAUUCUCCAGGGGGGACUGGGACCGGGGGUCUAGCACAAUGA